ACACUGAAACAUUAACAUUCAUAUCCUGAAUGAUUGCAUUCCAAACCACGCCACAGGUUACCAACCAGUUUUAAGCCCUCCAGCGACUGGCCAAUGGGGCUUUAUUUCCUGUUUCCCAGCUGUGUUAUUCACGCUGCUGCAUGAUUUCAGUUACUCCCACAGAAGUCAUGCACAGGAAAACCAAGACCAUUUGCUACUUCGUGUCAGAAACAAUAGAUAGGUUGGUUAGAACUCUCUGAGGCUUUCAGGGGACGAGUUUAACUGGGUACGCUACAUAAUGGUGUGACAGGGGAAUUGUGCUGUGGAUUUACUUUUCUGUAUAUGACAAGCUAAGGAUAAUGUCACUGCCAGAGGAGGAUCUUACGUGCCCGGUGUGCUGUGACAUAUUCACAGACCCGGUUUUGCUGUCAUGCAGCCACAGCUUCUGCAGGGCCUGUCUGAAGCGUUGUUGGGACACAGGGUUACGCGAAUGUCCUGUGUGCAGGAAGAGAGCGUCCAAGUACUUUCCUCCCUCCAAUCUGGCUCUGAAAAAUGUCUGUGAGGCUCUCCUGCAGACCAGGAGGCAGAGUUUAGCGCCAACAGAGGACAAGAUGAACUGUAGCCUACACGGGGAGAAGUUGAAGCUCUUCUGCCAGGUCGACAAACAGCCCAUCUGUGUGGUGUGUCAGUCUUCGAAACUGCACAAAACCCACGACUGCUCGCCCGUAGAGGAGGCAGUGCUGGACUGCAAGGAUGAACUCGCUUUAUCCCUCAAAACCUUGCAAGAUAAAGUGGACAGCCUCAAAAGGAUUCAGAGGACCUCUGCAGACAUGUCCAAGUACAUCAAGAGUCAGGCACUGGAAACGCAGAGGCUGAUCAGGAUCCAGUUCGAGCAGCUCCACCAGGUCCUCUGCCAGGAGGAGUCAGCCAGAUUGGCAGCUGUGAAAAAAGAAGAAGAGGAGAAGAUCGUGGGGAUGAAGGAUAAGAUUAAAGAACUUUCUGCAGAGUUGCUGUCCCUCACGGAGACCAUCGCAGUCAUACAGGAGCAGCUGAAAGAAGACGAUAUGGUUAUGUUGAAGAAUUUUAAAGCCACUCAGGACAGAGGCAAAAGCAUCGUCCUCGGUUCAGACAACAUGUCUGGAUUACUCAUUGAUGUGACCAAGCAUCUCUGCAACCUCAAGUAUAGAGUCUGGGAGAAAAUGCUGGAACAUAUAGACUACACACCGGUGACUUUGGACCCAAACACAGCACACCCCUGCCUCAUCCUGUCUGACAACCUCACUUCCCUCUACUACUCAAAGCAGCCGAGCAGUUGCCCCGACAACCCAGAGCGUUUCCACAUGAGCGCCGAAGUGGUAGCCAUGACCCCGCUCGGCUCAGGAAGCCACCACUGGGUCGUGGAAACGGGAAGUAAUCAGGACUGGCUCCUGGGCGUGGCCUCUUUGUCUGUGCCAAGGAACUCUGAGGUCUCCGCUCGGCCCGAAAACGGCUUCUGGACUCUGUGUUUCCGAGACGGGGAGUUCAGGGCGAUGACCUCCCCGCCCACACCGCUGACACUGUCAAGAACACCCAAACAAAUCAAAGUGCAACUGGAUUAUAACAAAGGGACAUUGUCUUUCUUUGAUCCUGCUGACAACACAGUCAUUUGUGCAUUUACACACACAUUCACAGAAACUUUACUUCCAUAUUUUUAUACACAGAGCAGUCAUCCACUGAGAAUAAUGCCAGAGAAGGUACUUGUUACAAUGUUGCGUCAAUAACUGGCUGAAUGGUUUAUUAAUUAUGUAAAACACACCAUCUCAGUCCAGUUUGGAUGGAAUGGGUUAACUGACUGUAAUGUUAAUUUCUCUUACAGAGGACAUGGAAAAUAUUUUUCAUCCAAGUCCUUUUGCUGCUUCUGGAACAUUUGUUUCUGUCAACUACUCUCAAAGGAGUAGUUUGACAUUUUGGGAAACAACUAGUCUGGCUUUUUCCAAGGGUAACAAGAUCUGCCUCCAAUCAUCUCUAAAGCUGAGAUGUGACAUGUUAAUGAGCUUGAGAGAGAGCUGGAUUAGCUGUUUUCCCUCAGCCUUUAUGCUAAGCUAAGCUAACUGGUUGCUGGUUCAAGUUAUACAUCUACAGUAUGGCUAUGAGAAUCAAUAUAUAUCAAUCUUCUCAUCUGACUCUUGGCAAGAAUGCAAAGAAUAUUUCCCAAAAUGUGGAUUUAUUCCUUUAACAGCAGUGUUCACAUAAUUACAAUCCUGUAUAGUGUAAACUACCAAUAGGGCUCUUCCAGUUAUUUAUUGUGUCAUGCAUCCUUAAAAUGCUGCAUUAUGGCUCUCUCUUUGAAAACAAAUUUAAAUUUUUCAUGAAGUGAUGUUUAAUUUGUCAGGUUAAUUAACAGUUCACGGGUAAAAUGUGUAUGUUGGAAGGAUUAUGUAUGGCACUGAUUUAUAGGUCUCUUUUGAACACAUGAUGGCGCCAAAGCCAAACAAAUAUUUUGAAGGAUUUUAUUACAGUGGCGACAGCAGCUUUUAAACAUAGGUGUAAUUGUAUUGGUGGAAAAUUGUUUUCAAAAAUACCAUCAGUUUAUCCAAUAAUGAAAUUAAAUUCUUGAUUUUA